GCUGGCCCUGGGCUGCCAUGUGGGCAUGGGGGAUGAGAAGGCAGAGGAGAACCUGAAGAUCAUCAAAAUGCCAAAGACCUAUAUAAUGAGCAAUGGAUUUAAGCCCGCCCCCCUGGAUCUGAACCACGUCAAGCUGACGCCCAAUCAAAACCAGCUGGUGGAGAAGCUGGCGGAGAACGGUCACAACGUGUGGGCACGGGAUCGCGUGCGCCAGGGUUGGACGUACAGCAUCGUGCAGGACAUCAUGAACAAGCGUAACCCCCGUCUGGUUCCUUAUAACCUGCUGGAUGAGAGAACCAAGAAGACCAACCGAGACAGCGUCAACAACGCUGUACGCACUCUCAUUGGCUACGGAUACAACAUCGAGCCUCCAGACCAGGAGAGCACUGGCCUCGGCCUGGAUGACGUGCGGGGGGAUAAGGUACGUAUCUUCCGUGCUGAGAAGUCAUACGCGGUCACGUCUGGGAAGUGGUACUUUGAGUUUGAGGCGGUGACGACCGAAGAGAUGAGAGUGGGCUGGGCCCGACCCAACGUCAGGGCUGACAAUGAGCUGGGAUCAGACGAGCUGGCCUGGGUCUUCAACGGAAAAACGGCCCAGCGCUGGCACGUGGGUAAUGACCCGUUUGGUCGCCAGUGGCAGUCGGGUGACGUGGUGGGGUGUAUGAUCGACCUGACAGAACAAAACAUCAUGUUCACCCUGAACGGAGAGAUGCUCAUCAGCGACUCUGGCUCAGACAUGGCUUUCAAGGACAUCGAGAUAGGAGAAGGCUUCAUCCCAGUGUGUACUCUGGGCCUGUCCCAGGUGGGCAGGAUCAACCUGGGUCAGAACGUCAGCAGUCUGCGCUACUUCGCCAUCUGUGGUCUCCAGGAGGGCUUCGAACCAUUUGCCAUCAACAUGAAGAGAGACAUUACCAUGUGGUUCAGCAAGAGCCUGCCACAGUUCGCCCCUGUGCCAACUAACCACCAACACAUUGAGGUGUCCCGCGUGGACGGGACAGUGGACAGCGCUCCGUGCCUGAAGCUGACCCACAAGACGUUCGGCUCCCAGAAUGCCAACACUGACAUGCUGUUCCUGCGCCUCAGCAUGCCCGUGGAGUUUGACGAGGUCUUCAAGAUCACAGCCGGGACCACGCCGCUGACCCGCACGUUGACCAUCCACGAGGACGAGGUUCUGGAGGUGGAGCCGGACUCGGAGUUUGAGGUUCUGAAGAAGUCGGCCAGUAAGAAGGAGCAGGAAGAGAAGGAAAAGGAACCAUCUGUUGCCAAGGAGACGCCCGAGAUCGAGAAGGACGCGAUGUCAGAGAAGGGCAAGAAGAGAGGGUUGUUUGCUCGGGCUAAGAAGGCAGCUACCAUCAACCCUCCCCCAACCCCUCCCUUGGUGCCACGGUUACAGCAGGACGUGGUCCCAGAUGACAGAGAUGAUGUGGAGAUUAUCCAGAACACCACCACGUACUACUACUCGGUGAGAAUCUUUGCUGGCCAGGAGCCCACCGGGGUGUGGAUCGGCUGGGUAACCCCCGACUACCACAUGUACGACCCGAACUUUGACCUCUCCAAGGUCCGGAACGUCACCUUAACCGUGGGAGACGACAAGGGCAACAUCCACGACAGUAUGAAGCAUAGUAACUGCUACAUGGUGUGGGGAGGAGACUUCGGCAACAGCUCCCAGCAGGCCAGGUUCAGCCAGGAGGACACUGUGGUUGGCUGCCUGGUCGACCUGGCAACAGGCCUCAUGACAUUCACAGCCAAUGGGAAGGAGAUAAACACCUUCUACCAGGUGGAGCCCAACACAAAGCUGUUUCCUGCUGUGUUCGUCCAGCCCUCCAGUCAGAACAUGGUACAGCUGGAGCUGGGGAAACUCAAGAACAUCAUGCCAAUCUCAGCAGCCAUGUUCCGUAGUGAGCGUAAGAACCCAGUGCCCCAGUGCCCACCCCGGCUGGACAUCCAGAUGUUGACCCCCGUCAUCUGGUCCCGCAUGCCCAACCACUUCCUGGACCCAGAGGUCGGCAGGGUCAGCGAGAGACUGGGCUGGGUGGUGGAGUGUACCGAACCCCUCACCAUGAUGGCCCUGCAUAUACCUGAGGAGAACAGGUGUAUAGACAUCCUGGAGUUGUCUGAGCGCCUGGAUCUACUGAAGUUCCACUUCCAUACUCUGAUGUUGUACUGUGCUGUCUGCGCUCUGGGCAACAACCGUGUAGCACACGCCCUCUGCUCACACGUUGACGAAUCACAGCUCUUCUACGCUAUGGAGAACACCUACCUGCCCGGUCCCCUUCGCAGCGGGUUCUACGACCUGCUGAUCUCCAUCCACCUGGAGUCAGCUAAGCGGGCACGGCUGGGCACCAACCGGGAGUUCAUUGUGCCCAUGUCCGCUGAGACCCUCAGCAUCACCCUGUACCCUGACGCUGAGAAGGCCUCUGACCUUCCUGGGGUGGGGUUAACUACCUGUCUUAGACCCAAGCUGCACUUCUCAACCAUCAACUUUGUUGGGACGGAUCCUGACCUGUACACUCUCAGCCCUGUCUUCCCUCUUCAGGAACUGAAGACGAAAGCCAUCAGCAUGUUGACAGAGGCGGUUCUGGAUGGUAGCCAGGCUAUGAGAGACCCAGUAGGGGGCAGCGUAGAGUUCCACUUCGUCCCCAUCCUGAAGCUCAUCAGCACUCUCCUCAUCAUGGGCAUCUUCAAUGAUGAAGACGUUAAACACAUCCUCAAGAUGAUUGACCCCAAUGUGUUCGCUGGGAAGAAAGAGGAGGUGGAGGAGGGAGACAAGGCAGAGGAUGCUACCGCCAAGGAAGAGGGUGAAGAAGUGAAGGAGAAAGAAGAGGAGGAGGCAGAUGAUGAAGGAGUAGGGGAGGAGGAAGAAGAGGAUGAGGAACUGAAACACCUCGAGAAAGAAGAGGGGGAGGAGGAGGAGGAGGAGGAAGGGGAGAAGGAACACGAGGAGGAGGAGAAGGAGAAAGAGGAAGACUGGGAGGAAAAUGUGAUGACAGAAGAGGAAGCAGCGGCGAUCGAGUUGGAGCUGGAGAAGGAAGAGGCGGCUUUGGAGGAGGGACUACUGCAGAUGAAACUACCAGAGUCUGUCAAACUGCAGAUGUGUACGCUGCUGCAGUACUUCUGUGACUGUGAACUGAGGCACAGAGUGGAGGCUAUCGUGGCGUACUCAGAUCAGUUUGUCAACGCCAUUCAGACCAAUCAGAGAGUUCGCUAUAACCUGCUGAUGCAGGCCUUCUCCAUGAGCGCUGCCGAGACCGCACGCAAGACACGAGAGUUCCGCUCCCCACCUCAGGACCAGGUGAUCCUGCUGACUAACUUCAAGCAUGGUCCGGAGGAGGAGGAGUGCCCAGUACCGGAGGAGACCAGAGACACACUGACCGAAUUCCACACUGACAUCCUCAUACAUUGUGGCGUGCACAUCGAGGCGGAAGAGGAGGAGGAGGAGGUGGACACCUCUCUGAGAGGGCGCCUUGGCCGGCUGAUGGGCAAGGUGAAUAACCUGAGGAAGAAAAAGGAGGUGGUGGAGGAGCCAGAAGAGGAGGAGGAGGUCAAACCCAGCACUCUCCAGGAGUUGAUCUCCCAUACCAUGAUCCACUGGGCCCAAGAGGCCUUCAUUCAGAACCCCGAGCUGGUGCGCCUGAUGUUCAGCCUGCUCCACAGGCAGUAUGAUGGGCUGGGAGAGCUGACCAGAGCCCUGCCUAAAGCCUACGCCAUCAACGCUGUGUCUGUCCAGGACACUAUGGACUUGUUGGAGUGCUUGGGCCAGAUCAGAUCUCUGCUCAUCGUUCAGAUGGGCCCCGAGGAGGAGAGGCUCAUGAUCCAGAGCAUUGGGAACAUCAUGAACAACAAGGUGUUCUACCAGCAUCCCAACCUGAUGAGGGCUCUGGGGAUGCAUGAGACGGUCAUGGAGGUGAUGGUUAACGUGCUGGGAGGAGGUGGAGAUUCCAAGGAGAUCCGGUUCCCCCAGAUGGUGACCAACUGCUGUCGUUUCCUGUGUUACUUCUGUCGCAUCAGCCGUCAGAACCAGAGGUCCAUGUUUGAUCACCUCAGCUACCUGCUGCAGAACAGUGGCAUCGGCCUGGGUAUGCGUGGCUCCACCCCUCUGGAUGUGGCUGCAGCUUCCUGCAUCGACAACAACGAGCUGGCCUUAGCUCUACAGGAGCAGGACUUGGAGAAGGUGGUGACUUAUCUGGCGGGCUGUGGACUACAGAGCUGUCCCAUGCUCCUAUCUAAGGGCUACCCUGACAUCGGCUGGAAUCCCUGUGGAGGAGAGAAAUACCUGGACUUCCUCCGCUUUGCCGUCUUUGUCAACGGAGAGAGUGUGGAGGAGAAUGCCAAUGUGGUGGUGCGUCUACUGAUUCGUCGGCCAGAGUGUUUUGGCCCCGCCCUGAGAGGAGAGGGGGGUGCUGGUCUGUUGGCGGCAAUAGAGGAGGCCAUCAAGAUCUCAGAGGACCCAGCCAGGGACGGACCUACUGUCAAGAAGGACAGGCGGUUCCCCAUGUUUGGUGGUGAGGAGCAGCAAGAGGAGAACCGCGUCCAUCUUGGAAACGCCAUCAUGUCCUUCUACUCUGCCCUCAUCGAUCUGCUGGGACGCUGUGCACCUGAGAUGCACUUGAUCCAGGCGGGUAAAGGCGAGGCUCUGAGGAUCCGGGCCAUCCUGAGAUCUCUGGUUCCUAUAGAAGACCUGGUGGGAGUCAUCAGUCUGUCUGUACAGAUACCUGACUACGGGAAAGAUGGUCACACCAUAGAGCCUAAGAUGUCUGCGAGCUUCGUCCCGGACCACAAGGCGUCCAUGGUGCUGUUCCUAGACCGUGUGUAUGGUAUCGACAACCAGGACUUCCUGCUUCAUGUUCUGGAGGUGGGCUUCCUGCCAGACAUGAGAGCUGCCGCAUCCCUGGACACGCUGGCAUUCAGCACCACAGAGAUGGCUCUGGCUCUGAACCGCUACCUGUGUUCCGCUGUGCUGCCCCUCAUCACCAAGUGUGCCCCUCUGUUCGCGGGCACCGACCACCGCGCCAUCAUGAUUGACUCCAUGUUGCACACCAUCUAUAGGCUGUCCCGCGGGCGAGCCCUCACCAAGGCUCAGAGAGACGUCAUCGAGGAGUGCCUCAUGUCCCUCGUCAAGUACCUUCGACCUUCCAUGCUGCAGCAUCUGCUGAGGAAGCUGGUGUUUGACGUGCCAAUACUCAACGAGUUUGCGAAGAUGCCUCUGAAGCUCCUGACCAAUCACUACGAGCGUUGUUGGAAGUACUACUGCCUGCCUAACGGUUGGGCGAACUUUGGGGUGUCGUCAGAGGAGGAGCUGCACCUGUCGCGGAAACUCUUCUGGGGAAUCUUCGAGUCUCUGGCGCACAAGAAAUUCGAUGCCGAGCUGUUUAAGAUCGCCAUGCCAUGUAUCUGUGCCAUCGCUGGCGCCAUCCCUCCUGACUAUGUGGACGCCAGCUACUCCUCCAACACGGAGAAGAAGGCUUCGGUGGACGCCGAGGGAAACUUUGACCCCAAACCCGUGGAGACCACCAACACCAUUAUCCCAGAGAAGCUGGAUGCCUUCAUCAACAAGUAUGCAGAACACACUCACGACAAGUGGGCCUUCGAAAAGAUCCAGAACAACUGGUCGUACGGAGAGGUGCUGGAUGAAAACGCCAAGACACACCCCAUGCUGCGUCCCUACAAGACCUUCUCCGAGAAGGACAAGGAGAUCUACCGUUGGCCCAUUAAGGAGUCCGUUAAGGCCAUGCUGGCCUGGGAGUGGACGAUGGAGAAGGCUCAGGCAGGGGAGGGAGAGAAGGUGGAGCUGAAGACCUCCACACGGAAGAUCUCCCAGACUGCUCAGGCGACCUAUGACCCCAGCCAUGGCUACAGCCCUUCGCCGGUGGACAUCACUGCCAUGGCGCUGUCCAGAGAGCUGCAGUCCAUGGCUGAACAGCUGGCUGAAAACUACCACAACACCUGGGGUAGGAAGAAGAAGAUGGAGCUGAUGGGAAAAGGUGGUGGUUCCCAUCCCCUGCUGGUACCAUAUGACACCUUGACGGCUAAGGAGAAGGCCAGAGACAGAGAGAAAGCCCAGGACCUUCUCAAGUUCCUGCAGCUCAACGGAUACGCCGUCACUAGGGGCCCGAAGGACAUGGAACAGGACAUCUCCUCCAUAGAGAAGAGGUUUGCCUAUGGUUUCCUCCAGAAGCUACUGAAGUGGAUGGAUAUUGCCCAGGAGUUCAUCGCCCAUCUGGAGGCUGUGGUUAGCAGUGGCAGAGUGGAGAAGUCCCCACACGAACAGGAGAUCAAGUUCUUUGCCAAAAUUCUCCUGCCGCUGGUUAACCAAUACUUUAAGAACCACUGCCUCUACUUCCUCUCCACACCUGCCAAGUUGCUGGGCAGUGGAGGCCACUCCUCCAACAAGGAGAAGGAAAUGAUCGCCAGUAUCUUCUGUAAGUUGGCAGCUCUGGUGAGACACAGAGUAUCUCUCUUUGGAACGGAUGCUGGCGCGGUGGUUAAUUGUCUGCACAUCCUGUCACGAUCACUGGACGCCAGGACGGUAAUGAAGUCGGGUCCUGAGAUUGUGAAGGCAGGACUGCGUCAGUUCUUUGAGAGCGCUGCAGACGACAUAGAGAAGAUGGUGGAGAAUCUGAAGCUGGGCAAGGUUUCUAGCAGGAACCAGGUGAAGGGUGUGUCCCAGAACAUCAACUACACCACCAUCGCCCUGCUCCCUGUCCUGACCACCCUGUUCGACCACAUCGCCCAGCAUCAGUUUGGGGACGACGUCAUCCUGGACGACCUUCAGAUCUCGUGUUACAGGAUCAUGUGUUCCAUCUACUCGCUGGGCACCGUCAAGACGCCUCACGCUGAGAAGCAGAGGCCGGCUCUGGGGGAGUGUCUGGCUAAUCUUGCCGCUGCCAUGCCUGUGGCCUACCUGGAGCCCGUCCUCAACGAGUACAACGCCUACUCUGUGUACACCACGAAGACGCCCAGAGAGAGAGGCAUCCUGGGCCUGCCCAACCAAGUAGAGGAGCUGUGUACGGACAUCCCAGAGCUAGAUGUCCUGAUGAAGGAGAUCGGGGACCUGGCAGAGUCAGGGGCUCGCUACACUGAGAUGCCCCACGUUAUCGAGAUCACCCUGCCCAUGCUGUGUAACUACCUUCCCCGUUGGUGGGAAAGAGGUCUGGAGAACUACCCCGACCUGGACGGGCAGCUCUGUACUGGCGUCACCUCAGAACAACUCAACCAGCUGCUGGGCAACAUCAUGAAGAUAGUGGUCAAUAAUCUGGGGAUAGACGAAGCCUCCUGGAUGAAACGCCUGGCAGUGUUUGCCCAGCCCAUCGUUAGCAGGGCCAAGCCUGAGAUGUUGAAGUCUCAUUUCAUCCCGACCAUGGAGAAACUGAAGAAACGUAGUGGGAAGGUUGUGGCUGAGGAGGAGCAGCUGAGACUGGAGGGGAAGUCUGAGGUGGACAGUGAGGAAGGAACCAUUAGGGAUGAGUUUGCUGUCCUCUGCAGAGACCUCUACGCUCUGUACCCUCUACUGAUCAGAUAUGUGGAUAACAACAGGGCUCGAUGGUUGACCUGUCCAGACCCAGAUGCUGAGGAACUCUUCAGGAUGGUUGGAGAGGUGUUCAUCUUCUGGUCCAAGUCCCAUAACUUCAAGCGUGAGGAGCAGAACUUUGUGGUAAUGAAUGAGAUCAACAACAUGUCUUUCCUGACCGCUGACAGCAAGAGUAAGAUGAGCAAGGCUGGAGGUUCUGAUGUGGAGCGUACCAAGAAGAAGCGAAGGGGGGACCGCUAUUCGGUGCAGACAUCUCUGAUCGUAGCGGCGCUGAAGAAGAUGCUUCCUAUUGGCCUCAAUAUGUGUUCCCCUGCUGACCAGGAACUGAUUAACCUGGCCAAGAUACGCUACAGCCUGAAAGACACAGAUGAGGAGGUGAGAGAGUUUCUACAGAACAACAUGCAUCUGCAGGGCAAGGUGGAGGACCCGUCAAUGCGCUGGCAGAUGGCGCUGUAUAAGGAGACGUCAGGGAAGGCUGAGGAUGCUGAGGACCCCGAGAAGGUGGUCAAGAGAGUCCAGGAGGUGUCCGCUGUCCUCUACCACAUAGAGGUGACGGAGCACCCGUACAAGUCUAAGAAGAUGGUUUGGCACAAGCUGCUUUCUAAACAACGACGCAAAGCUGUUGUGGCCUGCUUCAGGAUGUCACCCCUCUACAACAUCCCCAGGCACCGGGGGUCCAACAUGUUUCUGAAUGGGUACAAGAGGAACUGGCUACAGACUGAAGGAUACCAGUUUGAAGACCGUAUGAUCGACGACUUGUCUAAAGCCAUGGAGGAGGAGGAGCUGGGAGAAGAGGCAGAGGAAGAGGCAGAAACUAAACCUGACCCUCUGCAUCAGCUCAUCCUACACUUCAGCCGGACCGCUCUCACAGAGAAGAGCAAACUGGAAGUAGACUACUUAUACAUGGCUUAUGCUGACAUUAUGGCCAAGAGUUGCCACAUUGGUGAGGAGGAGGAGGGGGAAGAGGAGGAGGCCUUUGAAGUGACCCAGACUGAGAUGGAGAAGGAGAUGGAGAAGCAGAGGCUCCUGUAUCAACAGUCCCGGCUCCACAACAGAGGAGCUGCAGAGAUGGUGCUGCAGAUGAUCAGUGCCUGCAGAGGUGAGACUGGGGCGAUGGUGUCCUCCACCCUCAAGCUGGGUAUCUCAAUCCUCAACACAGGCAACUGUGACGUACAACAGAGAAUGCUGGACUACCUGAAGGACAAGAAGGAUGUUGGCUUCUUCCUGAGUAUUCAGGCUCUGAUGCAGACCUGCAGCGUUCUAGACCUGAAUGCCUUUGAGAGACAGAACAAGGCAGAGGGGCUUGGUAUGGUGUCAGAGGAGGGAUCAAAUAUGAAGCUAGAACGUGAUGAGAAGGUGAUGGCGGAUGAUGAGUUUACCUGUGACCUGUUCCGCUUCCUGCAGCUGCUCUGUGAGGGACACAACAACGAUUUCCAGAACUAUCUGCGUACCCAGACUGGCAGCACCACCACCAUCAACAUCAUCAUCUGCACUGUGGACUACCUGCUCCGUCUGCAGGAGUCUAUCAGUGAUUUCUACUGGUACUACUCUGGGAAGGACAUCAUAGACGAGCCCGGAAAGAGGAACUUCUCCAAGGCCAUGAUUGUGGCUAAACAGGUGUUCAACAGUCUGACUGAGUAUAUCCAGGGUCCAUGUACGGGGAACCAGCAGUCUUUGGCCCACAGCAGGUUGUGGGACGCUGUGGUUGGCUUCCUGCACGUCUUUGCUCACAUGAUGAUGAAGCUGGCUCAGGACUCCAGUCAGAUUGGUCUGCUGAAGGAACUCCUGGACCUGCAGAAAGACAUGGUGGUCAUGCUGUUGUCUCUACUGGAAGGCAACGUGGUGAACGGCACCAUCGCCCGUCAGAUGGUGGACAUGCUGGUGGAGUCCUCCAGUAACGUGGAGAUGAUCCUCAAGUUCUUCGACAUGUUCCUCAAGCUGAAGGACAUCACGGGGUCUGACGCCUUCAGAGACUACGUGACCGACCCCCGAGGCCUCAUCUCCAAGAAGGACUUCUACAAGGCCAUGGACAGCCAGAAGCAGUACUCUCCGUCUGAGAUCCAGUUCCUUCUGUCUUGUUCCGAGGCCGACGAGAACGAGAUGAUCAACUUUGAGGAGUUUGCCGACCGCUUCCAGGAGCCGGCCAAGGACAUCGGCUUCAACAUCGCCGUACUGCUCACCAACCUGUCUGAGCACGUACCCCACGAUACGCGACUACAGAACUUUCUUGAGCAAGCCGAGAGCGUCCUCAACUACUUUAGACCCUUCCUUGGCCGGAUAGAGAUCAUGGGAGCGAGCAGGAAGAUCGAGAGGAUCUAUUUUGAGAUCAGCGAGGCCAACAGGAACCAGUGGGAGAUGCCGCAGGUCAGAGAGUCCAAGAGACAGUUCAUCUUCGACGUGGUCAACGAGGGCGGGGAGAGCGAGAAGAUGGAGUUGUUUGUCAACUUCUGCGAGGACACCAUCUUUGAGAUGAACAUCGCCUCACAGAUUUCUGAGGAGGAGGAAGAGGAGGUGGUAGACUCAGAGGAUGAAGAGGAAGAAGGAGGAGGAGGAGGAGAGUUGGACGAAAAUGGAGAAGAGAUUGCUCCCGAGUCGAGCUCGGCGUUCUCUGACUUCCUGACAAGCGUGGUGAACUUCUUCAACAUGUUCACCUUCAGGAAUCUACGGCGGCGCUACCGCAAGCUUAGGAAGAUGACUCUGAAGGAUAUGGUGGUGGGCUUGGCCACGUUCAUCUACACCAUCCUGUUUGGUAUCCUGUCUUUCAUCUACAGUGUGUGUAAGGGCUUCUUCAUGCUGAUCUGGAGCACCCUGUUUGGAGGAGAACUGGUAGAGGGUGCCAAGAAGAUCACGGUGACUGAGCUUUUGGCCAGUAUGCCGGACCCAACGCAAGAUGAGGUGCACGAUGAACUGCCACCUGAGCCAGGUGCCAAUGAGGGUCAGGAGGGGAUAGACGGAGGUGAGGAAAGAGACGUGGGAGGAGGAGAGGAAGGAGAGGAGGGAGGGGAUGGUGAGGAGAAGGAGGGAGGACGGAUGCCUGGGUUCGACACCCCUGGAGGGCUGGGAGACUUUGGGGAGACCACAACUGUAGAGCCCCCUACUCCAGAAGGAACCCCACUGCUCAAGAGGAAACUGCUGGAAGCAACGUCCGGAGGAGAGGGUGAAGAAAUACAAGAGCCAGAACCAGAGGAAGAGACACCCCCAGAGGAGGAGAAGGCUGACAAUGAGAAUGGAGAGAAGGCAGAGAAGGAGGCUGAGCCCGUGGUAAAAGAGGAAGAACCGGAAGUGAAGGAGGAAACAUUGAAGACCAAGGCAAAGAAGGAGAAGAAACCUGCGGAGGAGGGCUAUGAGCUUUGGAAUGAGCUGGAGAUUCAGAGGAUCAAAUUCAUGAACUAUCUGUCUCGUAACUUCUACAACCUGCGCUUCCUGGCUCUCUUCAUCGCCUUUGCCCUCAACUUCAUCCUGCUCUUCUACAAGGUUGGAUAUGAUGUAGAGGAGGGGUCAGAAGACAUCGAGGGCUCCGCCCUGUUCGAGGGCUCCGCCCUGUUCGAGGGCUCCGCCGCGUUCGAGGGUUCUGGGUUGUUCGAGGGUUCCGGAGCUGUGGACGAGGGUGGUUCUGGGAUUGAUCCAUUUGACGAUGGUGGUGAUGACGACGGUGGCGAUGAUGAUGAUGAGGAGGAAGGACCAUUUUUUUUCUACUUGGAGGAGAGUACAGGCUACAUGCAGCCCUGUUUGUCCAUGCUGGCCAUCAUACACACUGUCAUCGCUUUCCUCUGUAUCAUCGGAUACAACUGCCUCAAGGUUCCUCUGGUCAUCUUUAAGAGGGAAAAGGAGCUGGCUAGGAAGCUGGAGUUUGAUGGUCUGUAUGUCACCGAGCAACCAGAAGACGAUGACAUCAAGGGACAGUGGGACCGACUGGUGCUCAACACCCCGUCAUUCCCUAACAACUACUGGGACAAGUUUGUGAAGACAAAGGUGCUUGCUAAGUACGGUGACAUAUACGGUAGGGAGAGGAUCGCAGAGCUGCUUGGGAUGGACCUGGCCUCUCUGGACGUCAGCGCCAUGACACAAGAGAAGAAACCCGAACCAGAAAGUGGCAUGUUAAGCUGGAUUAUCUCCAUUGAUAUCAAAUACCAGAUUUGGAAGUUCGGGGUGGUCUUCACUGACAACACGUUCCUCUAUCUAGUCUGGUACAUGGUCAUGUCUCUGCUGGGACACUUCAACAACUUCUUCUUCGCCUGUCACUUGAUGGACAUCGCCGUUGGCGUGAAAGAUUUGCGCACCAUCCUCUCCUCCGUCACACACAACGGCAAACAGCUGAUGAUGACUGUGGGUCUCCUGGCUGUGGUGGUGUAUCUCUACACUGUCGUGGCUUUCAACUUCUUCAGGAAGUUCUACAACAUGAGCGAGGACGAGGAUGAACCGGACAUGAAGUGUGAUGACAUGAUGACCUGUUACCUGUUCCACAUGUACGUGGGUGUGCGUGCCGGCGGGGGUAUAGGAGACGAGAUCGAGGACCCGGCAGGGGAUGAGUACGAGCUCUACCGUGUCGUCUUCGACAUCACCUUCUUCUUCUUCGUAAUCGUCAUCCUGCUGGCUAUCAUCCAGGGUCUGAUCAUUGAUGCAUUUGGCGAGCUGAGAGACCAACAGGAGCAGGUCAGAGAGAACAUGGAGACGCAGUGCUUCAUCUGUGGUAUCGGUAGCGACUACUUUGAUACAACUCCUCAUGGCUUCGAAACGCACACCUUGGAAGAGCAUAACUUAGCCAACUAUAUGUUCUUCCUGAUGUACCUAAUCAAUAAAGAUGAAACGGAGCACACAGGACAGGAGUCGUAUGUGUGGAAGAUGUAUCAAGAGAGAUGCUGGGACUUCUUCCCUGCUGGAGACUGUUUCAGGAAGACGUAUGAGGAUCAGCUGGCCUAG